AUAUAAUUUCAUUUAUUUCUAAUGUUUAUAUAUUUAAAUCUUAAAUAUUGUCUGAUAGGUUUUCACAGCUGUUUCACAAGGUAUUCAUUAUUGUAAAUUUUAACAUAUCCCUUGACGGUAUUUGUUAGUGCAACAUUAAUCAUGGUUGUAUCAUCGGACCUACAAUAGAUAUAUAUUAAACCACAAUGGUGUAAUAAUGCUAUAUAUUUUUAAAAAUCAUAAUAGCAGACUACUGAUAUAAUAUUAUUUCAGUGUAGAUAAGGGAAGGCCAGUUUAAGUGAAAACAUGCCAGCCAGACAAGCCAAUGUAUGAAUCAAAUGUAUUUACAUAUGAAUGAAGUGGAAAUUAGCUGACUUUGUUAUCUUUAAGGUAAGUAACAUUAAUGUAUGUGGGAGAGCAUCGAAACAAAUUAUUAUAUAUUUUUUACCCCGAUGCCUGUUUAUUCAUAACAAACAGAAGAUUGCAAUCAAUUAUAUUUACUAUGGUUAGCCUAUGCAAAUGAAUAGGACAACAUCAAAAGCUCAUUAAUAGGACUACAUUUAGCCGAUUUGGGAACAAACAAAAUGGGGGAAAGUCAAAGGAUCCUCGUCUUCCUUUGUGUCAAAUCUGUAGGCGAUUGUUAGCUAAAUCAAUGACAUACUGCUGAAAUGUUCAGGCUUCAUGAUGAGCUGCGAUCAAAACAGGCUGGGAUGUUUUUGGUUCUGUUUCAGUUAAAGUUAUGGGUAAUAAAGCAACUGCACUGAAAUGAAUAGCCUGAUUCAAUGCGAUUCCCCUGAAUAAAAGGUGUACCCGUUAAACUGUUUGGUCUAUGAAUAGACCCAUCCCGAUUUCUAUCUUUUUGGUCUUUUGGUCUUUCGCUGUAUGCACCACUAAUAUUCUAAAUUAGGGAGCAUUUAAUUAAACAACCAAACUUUUCCUGUGAUGUUGAGGCUGAGCAAGACCUUCGAUAGGCUUAGCCUAGAUCACUUUAUCAAAUCAAAUGUAUUUGUCACAUACACAUGGUUAGCAGAUGUUAAUGCGAGUGUAGCGAAAUGCUUGUGCUUCUAGUUCCGACAAUGCAGUAAUAACCAACGAGUAAUCUAACCUAACAAUUCCAAAACUACAACCUUAUACACAAGUGUAAAGGGAUAAAGAAUAUGUACAUAAAUAUAUGAAUGAGUGAUGGUACAGACGGCAUAGGCAAGAUGCAGUAGAUGGUAUCGAGUACAGUAUAUACAUAUGAGAUGAGUAAUGUAGGUUAUGUAAACAUUAUAUUAAGUAGCAUUGUUUAAAGUGACUAGUGAUAUAUUUUACAUCAAUUCCCAUCAGUUCCCAUUAUUAAAGUGGCUGGAGUUGAGUCAGUGUGUUGGCAGCAGCCACUCAAUGUUAGUGGUGGCUGUUUAACAGUCUGAUUGCCUUGAGAUAGAAGCUGUUUUUCAGUCUCUCGGUCCCUGCUUUGAUGCACCUGUACUGACCUCGCCUUCUGGAUGGUAGCGGGGUGAACAGGCAGUGGCUCGGGUGGUUUUUGUCCUUGAUGAUCUUUAUGGCCUUCCUGUGAUAUCGGGUGGUGUAGGUGUCCUGGAGGGCAGGUAGUUUGCCCCCUGUGAUGCGUUGUGCAGACCUCACUACCCUCUGGAGAGCCUUACGGUUGUAGGCGGAGCAGUUGCCGUACCAGGCGGUGAUACAGCCUGAAAGGAUGCUCUCGAUUGUGCAUCUGUUGAAGUUUGUGAGUGCUUUUGGUGACAAGUCAAAUUUCUUCAGCCUCCUGAGGUUGAAGAGGCACUGCUGCGCCUUCUUCACGAUGCUGUCUGUGUGGGUGGACCAAUUCAGUUUGUCUGUGAUGUGUACGCCGAGGAACUUAACUUACUACCCUCUCCACUACUGUCCCAUCGAUGUGGAUAUGAUCACUUUGUAUCACUUUGGACUAGUAACCGGAAGGUUGUGAGUUCAAACCCCCGAGCUGUCAAGGUACAAAUCUGUCGUUCUGCCCCUGAACAGGCAGUUAACCCACUGUUCCCAGGCCGUCAUUGAAAAUCAGAAUGUGUUCUUAACUGACUUGCCUGGUUAAAUAAAGGUAAAAUAAAUAAAACAUAUCCACAGAAAUGUAUAGCCUAAGGAUUGCAUGGUGACAGUGUGUCACGUCUUGACCUUAGAAAACAUGUAUUUUCUAUGGUAGAGUAGGGUCUUGUUUGGGGUCUUGUUUAUUAUUUCUAUGUGGGGUUCUAGGUUUGAUUUUCUAUGUUGGGGUUUGUGUAUGAUUCCCAAUUAGAGCCAGCUGGUAAUUGUCUCUAAUUGGGGAUCAUACUUAGGUUGCAUUUUUCCAACUGUGGGUUAUGGGAUAUUGUUUAUGUUUAGUUGCCUGUUAGCACUGCAUUAUCGUCACGGUUAGUUUAUUCUUUAUUUGUUUCGUCUUUGCUUAAGUGUCACUUUAUUAAUUAAAAUUAUGUGGAACUCAAAGUACGCUGCGCCUUGGUUGGAUCAUUCUUAUAAACGACGUGACACAGUGAUUGUGUCUGUUGAACCGGUACAUUUGUGGUAAACUUGGAACUCUGGGGGAAAAACGAGACAAAUCAUGACAUCAGUGAUUUUCAGGUCAGAGAAAGAUGCCAGAGUUUCUGACUUGGAAUACCGAGUUGCAUCACCGUUCAAAACUAUUUUUUUCUAGUCAGAGCUCGUGUUUCUCCCCCCCGAGUUCCCAGUUGUCUUGAACGCAAUGAAGUCAGAAUUCAGAGAUUGCUGAGUUCCGAGUGGUUUUAAAUGUGCCACUCGAGACCUAGGCUACCUUUUAUUUCUGAAUAGGGCUACCUGCAACAAAGAAGCCUUUGUGUCUGUAUUGAUUUGAGAAAUAGGCAUAUCUACACAGUAAUGGUGGCUAGCUACAAAUUAACUAUUCUAAUAAUUUUUGUUUUUAAGUGAUAUGCCUAUGUUAGCUAAAUCAACAAAUGAAAUUCAUUUCAUUACUCUGGCAAAUGGAAAUAUUUUUUACAAAAUCAUGUAGAUGUUUGUAAGGCGUUCAUGGUGAGAUCUUUAGUUUAUUAUUAAACAGACACUUAAACUAACACGUGACACGUAAAUGUCACUUGUACACGACUUGAAAGCAUGAUAUAGACCUUUUAAGGCGUUCAUGGUGAGAUCUUUCGUAAAUAAACUUACAAGCAAACUGAGGGGUUCACUGUAAAUAGAGAAACACUUCAAGAGGCAUUCUAACAGUGACAGCAUCAACACACAGGUUAAACAACUCACUGGAAAGCUUGAUAUUACAAAAAUAAUACAAUUUGGACUGUAAAUCAUGAAUAGAAUUGCUUGAAUUAAUGUUUAUAUAGCGUGCAUAAUAGUAUACCCCUCAGGAAAACUCUGGGCUCUGGUUAUACUAUAGCUAGGGCCAGGAGUUGUAAUGAUGAAUUAAGUAUGAAUAAUGAAUAAGCUAAAUCAUGCAAAUAUGACUUGUCUGUGUAAGCAGUAUAUAAGAGGACGUACAGGACUUCAGACCGGUACUUUAUGCAUCUAAGUCUGACGGUGACCUCCAGCUUGCUGUUAAUAAAGAAUUAUUAAUUUAAGAUUGACUUUAGUGUCCCAUGUGUUGAAUUUUCACGACAUACCCUUCCUAUCCUGCAUUGGUGAGUGACGGUGAAUGUAUGUAUGACACCUGACUAUCUCAUUCUCACUUCUCAGUCCUUGCUACCAGGGCAUACAACUAACUUUGUCUACCAGCCACUGUGGCAGGUAAAUUUUAAAAAUCUACCAGCCACUCAGAUUUUUUACCAGCCGUUAAUUACACCAAAAAACAAAUCAAAAUGGAUGAGUAUGCUUAGUAAUGUUUAUAAAACAAGGAGUGUAUGACUAAUAAGAAGUAAUGUGGUAUUUUGCUCAAUUGUCUUUCAGACAAAAUAUCAGAUGAGACAAAAAUGUUCAGCUGCCCCUUUAACCAUAGAGAUGGAGCCACUCAAGUCCUCAAGUGUGCGUUGUAAGUACUGAGGGGACACUAUAACAGGGCAGUUUUCAGUAAGUUUUUUAAUUCUGGAACGUUCAAUUUAACAGACUGUGCAGUACUGAACAAAUAGUUGAAAAACGGAUUGUGGAUCGCUGUCAGCAUGGCCACUGCCCUUUAAAUACAUCAAUCAUUGCUUAAUGGUGCUUUCAAGACAACUGGGAACUCUGGGGGGGGAACUAUGUUAAAUCAUAACGUCAGUGAUCUUCUGGUCGGAAAAUUGGAGCUCUACAAAGAGGCCCAAGUUCCUUACUUGGAAUAUCGAGUUGAUGACCAUUCAAAACUAUUUUUCCCAGUUGCCCCAGGGGUUUUUCACAGUCCCCAAAUCCAGAACAAAUUCAAGAAAGCAUACAGUAUUAUAUAGAGCCAUUAUUGCAUGGAACUCCCAUCUCAUAUUGCUCAAACAGCAAACCUGGUUAAAAAAACAGCUAAAGCAACACCUCACAGCACAACGCCGCUUCCCUAUUUUACCUAGAUAUUUUGUGUGUAUGUAUUGAUAUGUAGGCUGUGUGUGCUGUUUUUAAGUAUGUUGUUCUGUCCUUGAGCAGUUCUUGUCUAUACAUUUUCUGUAAUAUGUCAUGUUUCAUGUGGACCCCAGGAAAAGUAGCUGCUGCUUUCACUACAGCUAAUUGAGAUCCUAAUAAAAUAACAAAAAUACCUUUGAACCAGAUUUUGCCUCCCGCGUGAGCAUGGCAGAUAUUAUGGAGGAAACAUGAGCUCAUGCGAGAAAGCAUGCUCACGCGAGAGAGGGAAAGCCCACUUACACAGACAGGAACCUUUAAAAUGUGUUCACAAAUGGCCAGAGUAAACUAUACACCAUCUUUGGCCCCAUCUGCCCCCUGUCCUGUGAAGCCUCAAAGCAUGCAUGAGGAUUUAAAUACAUUCAGCCUAGUAAUUUGUUCUAAAUUCAGUCUGUAUUAACAUUCAAAUUCCCAUUUAAUGUGCGUUUCAUGCUGGUUGAGACAGACUGUCUAAAUUUAGACUCACUACACAUAUAGUAGCAUUUACAUUUCACAUUCAUUGUUCUCAGCAGUGAUUAGUGAACAAUUACUAUUAUACAACAAGCCUUUCAUAACAAUGUAUUAUGCCUGUGCUUCAAGAAAUAAGACAAGUCAAAUAUGUUCAUAAAUGUGUCGAAUUUUGUUUUGUAAACCAUAUGCCCACCCGUGAUGAUUUCAGUGCCCCUGGGAGAGACACUUCAGGUCAAGAAACCCCGUUGGUAAGGUUAAAAUUUAAGAGCAGUAAUAACAGGAGAAAAACAAACACCGUUGGUAAAAUUGAUUAUUGUCCCUGUAUUGGCGAUGGCAUAUGCAAAACAAUGCCAAUAAUGCUAACAUCUGUCAAGAAGUAGUAUGCACGUAUCGAUCUAUUAAGAAGUGUUGCUUUAUCGACGAAUUUUAGUUUUUUUUUAUUGUCCCUGUCGCCAUAUUGGAAAACCCUUCAACCCAGUGACAUCAUAAAGCGUGUUUCUUCCGUCCGACGCUGUGUGGACCUGCUUCAACUGAAUGUGAACUGCUAGGAGACAAAGCAACGAAGUAAAUCCCCCUCUGGAUCAAUCAAAUGUGUCGUAUUUAACUGUUUAGUAACAGAAAGCCAGUGAUUUAUACACUAAGAUUUCAAGAGCCGACUGGAAAAGGUGGGAACGUCUCUUCACACUUUCGUAAAUAGAGAAAAUGGACUACAAGCUUGCUCCUUCUGAUCUGGACAAGACUGAAACUUUGGCGUGAGAAAUGCUCCCACACUCAUGAACUUUUGGCAAGCUGUAUUCGAUAAGAAAAUUUGAUUUUCCCCCAGAACUUUGGUCGGCUAACAUGGAUGGAGAGGAAGACCUCUCUCUUAAGAGUGAAGACGUAGUAGACUCAGAAACUAAUGGCAUAGAAAACAAGAAAAGAGAGGCAAAAGGAACAUGUCUAAAAAUUGAGGGGCAAGAUGGCUACGUGUUUAAAUCAUACAGCAUCACCCCCCAUGAAACUGCAGACGCAAAAACAUUUUGUCCGUCUAAAACACUGGCAAAAGACUCUUCACCCGUGGCUUCUAUUCACGAGGAGGAACCAGACAAUUUAUCUAUUUCUCAGGUUGAUGGACAAUUAACAAUUAAUGAGUCUGUCAAUGAAGCAGAUGAGGCAUGUGAUAAAGAGGACUCUCUUGGGCCUACUUCUCCGGCCAUUUCAAAUAAAAUCCUAAAUCUAAACACUGCGGUAAAGAUAGAAAAUGGCACAUCUGAACAUAAUGAGGAAGAGGAUCCAAACAGUAUGAAGGGGACCCAAGAGGAUGAAAGGUUAUCAUAUGAUAGUUCUGUAGGCCCCUUUGUUAGAGACGAUACAGAUGACAAUACAGAUGAUUACAGUAGUAUGCUUAGUGGGUACACAAGCACUCUUUAUGAUGUUGCGAUGGAUGCUGUCACUCAAAGCCUAUUGUCAUCCAUGAGAAGUCCCACUAAUGCUAAUCCCAGGAAGAAAUCCCCUGCCUGGAACCAUUUCUGCAUAUCUCCACGCGAUAGUACCAAAGCAAUCUGUAUGUACUGCAUGAAAGAGUUCAGUCGAGGUAAGAACGAGAAGGACCUAAGUACAAGUUGUUUAAUGAGGCACGUACGAAGGGCUCACCCCACUGUGCUUUUACAAGAUGGUGACCUCUCCUCAAAUACUCUGACUGCCUCAGUUGCCUCAUCUGUAAUACCCCCCUCAAAUUCAUCAAAUAACGGAAGCCUGGCAGCUAGCAUUACUACUCCUGCCUCACGAACAAACUCUUCACCGUCCAUCUCUUCAGCAGAGGGCUCUGACAUAUCAUCCAAAGAAAAAGAAGUGUUACCAAAACUUGAAAAGGGUGCCAAAAACGACACUGGCACAGUCUCAUCCUCACAUUCCAACAACAACCAUGAAGAAGCGAUGGAUGGAGGUGGGUGUGAGAGCCUCGCUGCAACUCCCAAAAACUCAAGUUCUCGUAGAAGAUCAGCUGUGUGGAAGCAUUUCUACCUGUCCCCUGCUGACAGUUCCAAAGCAGUAUGCAUACACUGCAUGAAUGAAUUUAGCAGGGGUAAAAAUGGAAAAGACCUGGGCACAAGCUGUCUGAUUCGCCAUAUGUGGAGAGCCCACAGAGGAAUUGUGAUUGAAGAAAAUGGACAGGGCUCGAACAUCCCACCACCAUAUACAAACCCAACAACACUAUUGUCUCGCUCUCAGCUGCAUCAGGACUCAGUAGUCGAGAUUAAAAAAGAAUCCCCUUUCGCUCCAUCCUCCCCAGAAACAAUAUCUGACGAAAUGCCCCAUAAUGAAGAUGAAAGCAUGGAUGUGAAGGAGGAGUCUGAUGACACAAUAAACCAAUCAGAACAGGAUUCCUCCCUCAAUCUCUGCUUUGGACUUAGAGAUGAGGAUGUUCCUUUACCUCCCUCAAUGUGUGAUCUGUCUCUAGAGGGCUCAGGCCUGAAAGAGGAUCUGGCGAGUUCAAUUUUCCAACAAAAUAAAAAAAUCAUGAAACGUGUGAAAUCCGAAGUGUGGCACCAUUUCAUCGUCUCUCCAGUGGAUCAGCUUAAAGCCCUCUGCCGAUACUGUCCCUGUGUCAUCAGCCGGGGAAAACGGGGAGACUUCGGAACCAGCUGUUUGAUGAGGCAUCUAAUGAGAAGGCACCCUGAUGUUCUCAAAAACCAAAAAAGCACAAAUGAUAAGGACUCCUCACCUCAUCCCUAUGCUACUCUCUCUGCUGAGGCUGUUCCAGCCAAACUGACUAACAGCCCUGCCAAAGAGAAAAAGCCACAUAACUCUGUGUUCAGUAAAAAGACAUCAAAGUUGUGGAAUCAUUUUUCUAUUUCCCCUUCUGAUCCCACUAAGGUGGUUUGUUUGCACUGUAGCCGCACAAUAAGUCGGGGCAAAAAGACGACAAACCUCGGAACUAGUUGUUUAUUCAGGCACAUGCAGAGAUUUCAUGGAAAUGUUCUUGAAAGUAACAGUACUAUCUCAGGUGAUGUGCCGUCUGCUGAAAUUCACGUUAAACACGAACUCAUGGACACUUCUUCUGUGUAUGAUGAAAACUGUGAAAGAUUUGAUGAAUACCACCCGGUUGCCAAAAUAAUCACCAAACUCGUUGCCGAAAUGCUUGCACUGGAUCUUCAGCCAUCAGCCUUAGUAGAGAACACUGGUUUGAAUCGAUUACUGGAGUAUCUUCAACCCCAGUAUUCUCUACCCUCCUCUUCGUAUUUCACCAGCACUGCCAUACCAGACAUGUAUGAGAGGGUGAAGGAGGUUGUUCUCACACACCUGAAAGAGGCUGAGAGUGGUAUUGUCCAUUUUACAACAAGCAUCUGGGUCACUAGCCAGACUCGGGAAUUUCUGACUCUUACUGCCCACUGGGUUUCAUACGAAUCAUGUGUUAGACCUCAGGGCGAGGACUUUCACUGCUCCGCUCUCCUCAGUGUGUCACAGAUCGACUGUGACCAUGACACGCUCAAUAUACAGAAGCAGCUCGAAUACUUCUGGGACACCUGGAUCAGCUCCUUAGGGUUGAAGAAAGGAUUCACUGUAACCGACAACAAUGCUAUUGCAAACGUCCUGGAGGACAACAACCAUGUCAUCGUGCAGUGCUUUGGCCACACCAUAGAUCUAAUUGUGAACGAAGCCAUAAAGAGUCAGAGGAUGGUCCAGAACCUUCUAAGCAACGCUCGGAAGAUUUGCGAGCGUGUGUAUCGCUCAGACAAAGCAAAGGAGAAGUUGGCAGAAUUGCAGAAGGUUUACCAGCUACCUGAAAAUUGCCUCAUCCAGGACGUUCCCUCAAAAUGGAGGACAUCCUUCUUCAUGCUUGAACGUCUGGUGGAACAAAAGAAAGCGGUCGACGAGAUGUCAAUAGAGUGCAACUUCAGGGAAAUGAUCAGUUGCGACCAGUGGGAAGUGAUGCAGUCGGUAUGCAAUGCGUUGAAGCCCUUCGAAGUGGCCUGCAGGGAGAUGAGCAAUCGCACUGCCACUUUGGGUCAAGUCAUACCACUGAUCCACAUCCUCAACCGGAAGAUAGACAUGCUCUUUGACGAGACAAUGGGCAUCGACAACAUGCUCAAGUCUCUGAAGGAAGCGAUGGUGAGCAGGAUGUCGUCGACCCUACACGACCCCAGGUACACUUGGGCGACAAUGCUGGACCCGCGGUACAAGACUUCCUUGUUCACAGAGGAAGAGGCGGAGCAAUGCAAACAAGAUCUCAUCAGUGAACUUCAGGUGUCCCUUUCUACCUCAAUUGAGAUAAAGCCUUCACUAUCCAACGGAUGUGGUGGAGAGGUCCCAGUUUCAUCAAGCGGUUCUCCCUCAAACAAGGACAACCUCUGGGCGCUCAUGGAUGACAUCAGACACAAGAUAAAACAGGAGGACAAGCCAAAAUCAUCAGAGCUGGCAGUGCUGGAAUACUUGGAGGAGGACAUACUUGAUCAAAGCUGUGAUCCACUGGACUACUGGAACCUGAAGAAGUUACUGUGGCCUGACCUUGCCAAGGUCGCUGUCCGCUAUGUGGGCUGCCCUCCCAGCAUUGUCCCAGCAGAGAUUCUGUUCAGCACAGCCAGUGUGAACUGCGCUCUGAAUCAGCCCAUGCCAUUACUAGAAAACAUGGAGGGGCUUCUCUUUCUGAAGGUCAACCUACCCUUAAUUUAUUAUCAGCACUGAUUGAAAACCAUUGCUUAUGAGGCUCCUUAGCAAGGUCCAAUUCAUAGAACUGUGAAAUGACAGGGGUAACUUUUUAGAUUCAGGGGUAACUAAAAGGAGAAUAGACAAUACACUGAGCUUCAUUUUCAAAUCAUGAGCGCAUUUGGAAUUGUUAAUUAAGUUAUUCUUAAUUGCAUUUUGUGUACUACUGUCAACACUUUAGAACUUGCAUCAGUCAGAGACUCAGUGGAAAGUGUCAGGGAGGGAGGGGUGCAUUUAGCGGUAGGGGUUGUGAACAUUUGUUCCUGUGUCUUAAUUUUGUCUUCUCUCUCCUUGUGCCUUAUCCAAAACUAAUUCAGGUCAAAAUGCUGUAAAUACUUUGAUGCGUAAAUCAAGUCUUUCAAUUUAAAUGGCUUAAAAUAUUAGAAACAAGAUGCUGUUUUUUUUUCUAAAUGAACACAUGGCCCAAAAAUAAAUGCUGUGACUGAAAGAUGUUAAGUUUGUUAUUUAUUUCAUUAUGAAUGUGGCUCAUGGUACUGUCAAUUUAGAAGUUGCUUUUUUUUAACUUGCUGAAAUAUUUUAAUAUUAUGCAAGAUUGCUGUAUUUUUUUCAGAAGCAAUUUGUUUGAUAUGUCUUUAGCACAAUUACAUUUUCAAGGGAUUAAAUUAUGGGUUGUCAAGUAAAAUGUACUGUACAUUUGUUAUAAUGAUUGUUGAACUUAAUUUCAAAUGUGGAAGCAUUCAGACUGGAACCAUGCAAAUUGUGGCCAUUUGUAAAUAAAAGGUUUCUUAUGUAAUCCUUUGUUCCCGUUUUUUUAUUUAUUUAUUUUUUUCAUGCUUUAUGUACAGAAAUUGCCAUGUUUGGUAGGGGACACUAGCAAAUGUUUGGCAACAGAAAAUAUGUUCUUACUAGAAAAGUUGGGGCACUACCUACCAAUUUCACUUAGUGUGAUGUCAUGUUUAGUAGGGAGAACAGUGUCACCAUGGAAUGUCUAUUUGCAACAUUUAAAUGUAACCUUUCUGAAAAGUGGUCUCAAAGCAUUUAAUAUUGCCUCAAAUGGCACAAGUACUUCCUUGUAAAUCAAACAUUUCCUCUUCAGUUUUGUUCAUAUAGAAAACAUUAAAUGGAGAACUAGCAUGAGUUCUUUGAACUUAUUUCAGAUUUUUUUUAAAUGCACUGUUUUGAAGGAUGGCAGUUAUUGAACUUGGGUUAUCUGACCACUGUUUGGAGGAAGUGUUAGACAUUAAACCAGUUACCUGGUUUGGUGGAGUAAAAUUGGAGGAUU